AUGUCAUUGAAUGAUGUCAUAUUAGAUCAUGAAUCAAAUCAAUGCCUUUUCGUAUGCACUAAAUGUGGAGCAGAAUAUGUAACACGAGAUAUGUUAGCUAUGCAUAUGAUGGAUAGUGCACGUACUGGAAUGUGUACAGAAACUGAUGCAACCGGUAAUGUGGUCAGUGUGAACAAUAAUACUAAUCACAAAAUAACUCGCUGUGAAGAUCUAAUUGAUUCAGAUAAGCUGAUCGCACAGAAAUCUGAUGAAAUAUCAAACAUUUUUGAUCCUUCAUUAUAUCGUUCAUCAUUAUCAAGUUGGAUAGGCGAAAGAACUGAACCAAUAUUUAAUCUAUUAUUUAAUCAACUCACGCUACCGAAUUUAUAUUCUAUGCAGAAUUCUACAGUAAAUAACAUUAAUAAUAAUAAUAAUAACGAUCUGAACAGUCUUCAAAUAAAUUCAACAAAUCGUAGUAAAUUUUUAUCAGCAUACGAAGGUAAUACUAAUAUUACUUCGCUUAAAGAAUGUCGACUAAAUCCAGGUGAUACUUCAUCAAUCAUAGACAUGCAAAAUCAUGAAAGUUUACAUAGUCUACUAUUAAAUUCUCAAUAUCCAACAAACAGUAUUUCACCAAAUAUAAAAAUGAAUUUUAUUCAAUCUUUAAAAAUUAAUAAAAAUGAUAUACUUUCAAAAUCAGCAGUAAAAGACAAUAUUCGAAUGAUCAAUGAAAAAUCAAUCCCAAAUGAUCAUAAACUUAAGUCAAAAAGUGUUUCUAAUGAAGUUGUAACUAGUCAAACAUCAGCAUCAUCAAUUUAUUCUUUUAUAAAAACUCUUACUGGUUAUAAUGCUAUAACAACUUCAAAUCGUGACACCAACGAAUCAUUGAAUAUUUCAACUGGAACACAAUUAACUAAUGAAAAUAAAAAAUUUAUAGAUAAUGCUCAAUGUAAAUCUCAAAGAGAAAAUCAACAAAGUUUGAAAAUUGCUGUUCUAGAUUCCAAAGUAAAAUGUAUAGAAAGUCAUAAAGUUGCCAAGUGUAAUGAAUUAGUUGAUAAUAUUAAAAGGUAUAAGAUUGAUGAUCAUCAUUUCAAAAUUAAACGAAGUCGAUCAUUACCUUCACCACGAGAAUUAAGAAAUCAACAACAUAAUUUUGAAUUGAAUUAUUCAAUUUUAGAAGGAAACAAUAAAAUUUUGAAGACAAAUCAUAUGAACAACAGUGAUGGUGUUUUGCAUAAGGUGAAGUGA